GCUCAAUUUUAUUUCGUUAAUGGUUAAUCGGUAAAUUUUUGAAGUUUAAUACUAGUUUAAUUACAAGAUUUUCCAAGUUUUUUUGCCUGUCAUAUCGUUGUCAUUUUUAUUUAUCGGUAUUUUUUCUGUCUCUCCUCUCUUUAUAGAUAAUUUCGAGUGAAAUAAUCUCGUGAUGGAUACAUUUCAUACAAAAGUGGCGCUUAUCACGGGUUCGACAUCUGGCAUUGGUCUUGGGAUCGUCGACAAGUUAGCCCGUGAUUCUCGACCUAUGCACAUCUGUCUUACUGGUCGUAACCCCAAGAAACUGCAGACGGUGCUGGGCGAUUUCAAGCGGAAGUAUCCCGAAACAGAGUUCUCGUCGUUGGUUUUAGACGUUUCCGACUCGAAGUCUGUCUUAUUUGCUGUUGAAGAGAUACGAAAAAGAUACAAUCGUUUGGAUUUUGUCUUUCUGAACGCCGGAAUGAUGCCGCAAGCCCGUGUGAAUUGGACGAACUGUAUAAAAGGUUUUUUUUCGGGAAACAUUGUGCACAUGUUCCUCACCGGAGACGGAAUGUUGGACGCUGUGACCGACGGCAAAACCCGCGACGGAUUAUCGGAGACGUUUGCGACCAAUGUUUUUGGACAUUUUCUGAUGGUGACAGAACUGCAGGAUAUCAUGGGCGGACACGGCGACGACGAUCGCACACAGCUAAUAUGGACAUCAUCCAGCAGUGCUUUGACGCAGCUGUUUGACCCGGAUGAUGUUAUGUGCGCAAAAGGGAAAAAUUCCUACGCCUCAUCCAAGUACUGCAUGGAUGCACUGAGUGUUGCCCUGAAUGAACUGUGGAAUUCCCAAGGGAUCUACUCACACGUGGUGUGUCCGGGAGUGGUAGUGACAAGCUUGACCAAUGCCCUUUUAGCACAAUGGUUGUGGUAUCUUCUUCUUCCCAUUUUUUACUUGCUGCGUGUUUUUAUCCACAAUCUGACGUUAACCGUUAAUGCUGGAACUACUGGUCUGAUGUGGUUAACGAAACAAAAACCGGAGGGGCUGGAUUACAGAACCAAAAUAUUUACCAGAGCAAAUUGGUUUGGCCCCUAUCUGGAAUUUCAGAUGGUGGAUGUCUCGGAUAAUGUCAAAGAUGUGGUGAUGAACCAGCUAGCGCUGAUGCGCAAGCGCAUUCUGCAACAAAUCCAGGGCUACUCCUGAACACUUUCCCAUUCCAAAGUGAAAAACCUUGCAUAUGUAAUCGCUGUCAAAUUGUUCGCGAUGCAGUUGGUUUUAUUAACAAUUUGUUUACAUAUUUUUGCAAUUUUGUUAAUGGUGAGUCUUCGAAAUUUUAUGUUCCUGCUGUUUUUGGACGUGUAAAAGAUCCGCUCUACAAGCAACUUCCUAGAUGCAGUGUUUACAGUAUUUUGCUCCUUUAAUGUAGUGGUUUUUUCAUUUGUUCAGGAAAGCUUCCGCUGAAAAGUCGUUGCUCACUGAAGAGAUUCUCAAUAAAUCUGGGUUG